AUGGCCGCGCGGGCAAAAUCCAGGCAAUUUCUAGGCGUGAAGGCGUUGUGUUUCUGUCAACGCGGCCGCAGAGGGGGUGGCACUCAAGUGAAAGAGCGGCAUCGUAAGCUGACAGUGAGCCUAUCGUCGGACUCUUCGGUGCUCACCAGUGAGCUUGACAAGCUUCAGAAGCUGCUGGAGCUACACCAUACGAUCAAGUCACGGGCUAUGGCGCAACAGGGUCUCUACGAGCGCCUAUCGUCGGACUCUUCGGUGCUCACCAGUGAGCUUGACAAGCUUCAGAAGCUGCUGGAGCUACACCAUACGAUCAAGUCACGGGCUAUGGCGCAACAGGGUCUCUACGAGCGCCUAUCGUCGGACUCUUCGGUGCUCACCAGUGAGCUUGACAAGCUUCAGAAGCUGCUGGAGCUACACCAUACGAUCAAGUCACGGGCUAUGGCGCAACAGGGUCUCUACGAGCGGUGA